CCUACGCCGAGGUUACAUGAGCGAACGGUGGCUGUUUCACGACCUACCUAUAGAGAACGGUGGUGGUUACACGAGUCCACCUCUACGAAAUAGUGAUCGUGCUGUCACCAAAGGUUUCCUGAUGCCCAAGUACUUUAUGGUCUGAUAUGUCUGAGAGGCCCUGGAAUUCUUCUCAGCUCAACAAGAAAAAUAUCUACUGGAUCUCUUCUUUAAGCAUCAUAUGUGAGGCUGGUAUACCAUAUACAUCAUUUUGCUUCAGCAUGUCUUUCUAUUCACGGAUGAACAUAUCGUCAACAUAUGAGAGGAUACGCUAUUUGACUCGUAAGACACCUUGUGUCACUUCACACGAGCUAGCCAAAGUGGUUUCAAGAACAUGCAAUCACCUAGCAGGUGCUACGAUUAUCCUGAAGUGCGAGAACCUUCAGUUCUCCGGCUCCUUUAAAUACCGGGGGGCUUUGAACAAACUGCUUCAAUUGAGCCCCGAGCAAUUGGACCGUGGUUUGGUGACAUAUAGCACUGGAAACCAUGCCCUGGCCCUCCUGAUGGCUACAGAACAGAUGUCCAAAGUCCGUGGACAGACCAUACCAAUCCAGAUCUAUGUCCCUUCAUCAGCUUCAAAUGACAAAAUUUCCGCAAUAAAAUCCUACUGCACCUCUCCUGCCACAAUUGUCGUUCAGGGAGAUGGACUGGACUGGUGCGCAAAGGAAGCAAUAGAGACUUGCAGAAGUAUGAGAAGAACAUUUGUUCCACCGGCCAACGAUUCGGACAUAAUAUUGGGCCAGGCAACAGCUGCUGUGGAAUUCCAGGAUCAAGUUGCAGCCGCCCACCUUGGCGAGCUCGAUGCAAUCGUUGUACCGUGUGGUGGAGGGAGUCUUUUAUCCGGUUGUGCAGCUUGGUUUCGAGGCAUGCCAACUCAGGUCUGGGGCGCCGAACCCCAAUUAGAUGGCCCAAGGCUUCAUGCAAGUUUGGAAGCUGGUGUAAUAUUGCCAAAACAAAAGGCUAUGGGAAUGACGAUCGCAGAUGGGCAGCGGACAACACUCAGCCCAAAGAGCUGGGCAAUUCUGCGCGACCAAACAAAUCUCCAAGAUUCCGUUGUCGUUACGGAGGCGCAAAUACGCAAGGCAAUGUCACUUUAUCAUGGUGAAUUCGGUGGCAUUGUUGAGCCAAGUUCCGCAGUUGCGAUGGCCGCAUGUUUUGAGGUCGCACAACGUCAAGUGGCAAUUCGCAAUGCUACCACGGCCACGAAAAUUGGCGUGAUACUCAGCGGAGGUAAUAUCAGUGCUGAAACGUUUCAUAGGCUGGUAAACGGGCACUGAAGGGGAGUAUUGAAAUUGGCUGGAUGGUUAAGCGUUGACCUUCUCAAGAGAUCCUUGGUCCUUUCGGUUCUCGUGGCAUUUCUUUGGCCCUCUGUUGCAACUUUAAUACUCUUUCUUAAAAUCUGUAACAACCACAUUUUGAAAAAUCAUACCUACACAAACCAGGCUACACAUGUCUCCUGAGUCCUUGCGCAUUUUCUUGUUGGGCUCUGGCGGCAGAGAGCACGCUCUUGCGUGGAAACUCUGCCAGUCCUCUCUUGUUG